GCCUGACACGGCGUGUCCCGCCGCUGCCGCCCUCCAGCUCCUCUCUCUGGCUGAUGGUCGAGGCCCAAAGCGGGUAUGUAGCUCGUGACAAAGCACAGCUGAGCCGAAUGGGCAUCUCCCAUGUUGUGGACGCUGCUGCUGGGCGAUUUCGUAUCGACACUGGACCCAAGUUCUACAAAGACCUGCUUGUGGAUUACUACGGUAUAGAAGCAGAGGACAGCCCAAACUUUGAUAUCAGCAUUUACUUCUACCCAGUUGCUCGAUACAUAAGAGCAGCACUGAAGUCUCCAAGAGUAUCUCACACGUGCUGAGCACACCGCUCCUGGGACAAGAUGUCAUCAGUAGGUUUGAACACUGGGAAGAAAAAUGCAUACAUAGCAGUCAAAGUGGAUCCCGAUGGGGAUUACUGUACCCCAGGUGCAUUUGAACUGGAGCGACUCUUCUGGAAAGGAUGUCCAAAGUACACUCACGUCAAUGAAGUCUGGCCCAACCUCUACAUAGGAGAUGAGAAAACUGCAUUAGAUCGCUACAGCCUUGAGAAGGCAGGCUUCACCCACAUCCUUAACGCGGCACAUGGUCAGCGGAACGUGGACACAGGACCAGAAUACUAUCGUGACAUGACCGUGCAGUACCAUGGAGUGGAAGCAGAUGAUCUCCCCACUUUCAAGCUCAGCCAGUUCUUUUAUUCAGCUUCUAAAUUCAUUGAUAACGCACUUCAGGAUGGAAGAAAUAAGGUUCUGGUUCAUUGUGCUAUGGGUCGCAGCCGGUCAGCUACAUUAGUCUUAGCUUACCUGAUGAUUUACAAGAACAUGACAGUGGUGGAUGCCAUUGAACAAGUAUCAAGGCACCGAUGCAUCCUGCCGAACCGAGGAUUCCUGAAGCAGUUGAGAGAACUGGACAUAGCGUUGGCACUGCAGAGGAGGAACACCAAGAACAGUCUACCAUCCAAUGAUGGUGAGAACAGCACCACGAUCUAGUAUUGCUCCCGACAGGACAGUGCUACUGGAAAAGAAACUCCAUCAAAAGAGGGGAGGGGGCAGUUUAGUAAAAUACAGUCACAAAAAUCAUUUGUUACUUGGAAGGAGAAACAUUCAAAUACUGUCAAGAUGGGAAAGAGAGGAAGCCAAGUUUAAAACACUGUUAAAGCCAGGAAA